AAACUAAACAUGUCUCCUAAUUCAUGGCCUACUACACUUCUUGCCUCUCUAUUUCUUUUCUCCCAAAUAUUUUCUUGCAUUGCGCAAGUUCCACCUGAAAACACCUUCAAAUUCGUCAAUGAAGGUGAAUUAGGACCUUAUGUUGUAGAAUAUCAGGCAGAUUAUCGCGUUCUUAGUAUUUUCAAUAAUCCAUUCCAGCUCUGUUUCUACAACACAACUCCUAACGCAUGGACACUAGCGUUGCGAAUGGGCACUGUCCGUUCUGAAUCACUCAUGCGUUGGGUGUGGGAAGCAAAUCGAGGAAACCCCGUUAAAGAAAACGCGACCCUCACGUUUGGAACUAACGGAAAUCUCGUAUUGGCUGACGAUGACGGUCGAAUCGCUUGGCAGACCAACACGGCCAAUAAGGGGGUGACAGGGUUCAAGUUGUUACCUAAUGGUAACAUGGUGCUACAUGACUCUAAGGGUAAAUUCGUCUGGCAGAGUUUCAACUAUCCCACUGACACAUUACUAGUGGGCCAAACUCUCCGAUUGUCCGGCCCGAAUAAGCUCGCGAGCCGGACCUCCGUGAAAAAGAAUGCGAACGGGCCUUAUAGCUUGGUGGUGCAGCCAAAAUUGUUUGCUAUCUACAAUAGGACUAAGUUAGGCGUGGAAUUAGCUUGGUUCGAUUUUGAAAACAGUACGUUGGAAUCAGUAAAAUUGAAUAGUGGAAAUCAAAGAUUGAAAUUGGAUUAUAGAUUGGCUAAAUCAACAAAGAGAAGUUCACAUGUGAUGGCAUUUACUAAAUACAACACAACAUUGACAUAUCUUAGACUUGAAAUUGAUGGAAAUCUAAAGGCCUACACUUUUGUUAGAGAUGAAGAAGCAGAUGAAUUCCGUUGGAAGGUAACUUACCAAAUGCUUUGAGAAAAUGUUUUUUUUUAAAAAUAAAAAUAAAAAUAUUAAAAACGUUAACUUUAUAAGAUAAGGAUUUUAUUUCCAGUAAAAUAAGUGGAGAAAAUGAGUGGGUCCACAGCUAUUAUUUUCCUUUUUUUUUUUGUUGAAGGGUGUAUUUUAUUAUUAUGAUUUCUAUUUUUCAUUUCUGUUAAAGGAUGUAUUUAAUUAUGUUUUCUACUAUU